CAAGAUCAACCAUGUCCCUCCCGCACCCCCUUCCUAUCGUCCCUACCACGGACGAGAUUGUCCCCGCCAUCCAACGCAUCAUCGCUCAGCGCAAUGGCGUCCGACAGAAGAUCCUUGACACCAUCACCCCCUCCACCGCUACCUUUGACACCGUCAUGCGGCCCCUAGCCGAGGUCGAGAACGCCGUCCAGGGCGAGCUGGGCAUGAUUUACAUGCUCCAGUACGGGUCUCCUUCGUUCGCUACGCAAGAGGCGUUCAACAAGGCUCGGAAACUGUAUGUCGAAGCGGAAGCAUCCUGGACUGCAGACGGGGCUUUCUUCAAGCUCCUCCGGGCAGCACGAGACAAGCCAGAGAUUGAAAUGUUGGACCCGGAAUCGAAGCAUCUCUUGGAACGGGAGUUACUGGAGUACAAGCAUGCCGGACAUGGAGUGCUGGAUGCCUCAGAGCUGGACGCAUAUUCGCGAGAGAACAUGGCGAUUAAGGAUCUGGAAAUGAAAUUCCAGCAGAACAUCGCUCGGGAGAACGGGGGCGUGUGGUUCACGUUAGAGGAACUGGAUGGUUUGCCAGUUGAGGAAUUGGAAAAAUGGAGGGAUGGACCGGAGGAUGGACUGCAGCUAGAGAAUGGAGAAAGUAAGAAGUUCGUACCAUUCGCGAAUGGAGGGACGCUGGCUGUUUUGACCUAUGCGCGUCGUCCGGAGACGCGCAAGAGGAUGUUCCUGGCGGAUAAUAUGAAACUGGCAGAGAAUAAGCCGCUGUUUGAAGAGAUUGUUAAGAGACGAGCUGCACAGGCGCAUCGGAUGAAGUAUCCCACUCAUGCGGAUUUUCGAAUUGAGAGGAGAAUGGUGAAGACUACGGAGUGGUUGGAGGGGUUCCUUGGCCAGAUUCGGAAGACUCUUUGUCCGCGGGGUAAAGAGGAAAUUGAGGUUUUACAACGUCGGCGUCUGAACGGACUUGGGGAGAAUGGUGAGACUGGAGAGCAGAAAUUCCAAAAGUUCUAUCCCUGGGAUAAGCGGUACUAUGAACGGUUGAUGGAACAGGAGUUUGACGUUGAUCACGCAAAGAUCUCCGAAUUCUUUCCGCUGGAGCAAACUGCGACCGGAAUGUUAGGCAUCUUCGCCUCACUCCUCCAUUUGCGGUUUGACCCUAUACCGACUGAGAGCUUGCCUGACAAUGUCAUCUGGCAUGACACUGUUCGGGUAUUUUCCGUGUGGGAUGGGAAAGACGGAGGUUUCAUCGGAUAUCUCUAUUUCGAUCUCUUGUGGCGGGAGAACAAAUAUCGCGGCAACCAGAGCGUGAAUAUCCAAUGCGGCUAUCUACGUCCGGAUGGGACCCGACAGCACCCUGCCACAAUUCUCAUGUGUUCAUUCCCGACGCCAACGCCAGCGAGUUGUGCCUUGCUCAAGCAGCAUCAAGUGGUGACCUUAUUUCACGAGAUGGGUCAUGGCAUCCACGACCUGCUGGCUAAGACCAGAUAUGUCCGUUUCCAUGGGUACCACCUACCCCCUGACUUUGGCGAGAUGCCCAGCGUCAUGCUGGAGAAUUGGUGUUGGAUGAAAGAUGUGCUCAAAGGGCUCAGUUGUCACUACACUACUGUGAAUGACGACUACCUGGCAGCGUGGCGCAAGCAGCAUCCUGGGGAGCCGGAUCCGCCGAAGAAAAUCCCAGAGGAGCUGGUUGACCGCCUGGUGAAGCAUCGCUACUUUAAUCAGGGACUUUACUACCUACGUAUACUGUCUAUAUCUAUCUUCGACAUGCAAAUCCACAGCCUACGCACCGAAGAGCAGAUUGCUAACCUUGAUGUUCAGAAGCUCUGGUAUGAUAUCCUUGAGGAAACAGAGGGUAUGGACAUCACCGAGUGCAGGGACGGAUUUGCGUUUGGAACUUUUACCCAUCUGACGGCUGGUUACGAUGUGUGCUACUACGCCUACUUAUGUUGCACGGCGAUGGCACAGGACUUAUUCCUUACUGUCUUUGCUAAUGAUCCAUACAACAAGGAGAGCUGGGAGAGAUAUCGUCGGGGGAUCUUGGAGCAGGGUGGAAGUCAGUCUGAUCUUCUGCAAAUGCUGGAGGACUGCUUGGGACGCGCUCCCAACAUGAAUGCGCUGGUUGAGGGAUUGGCACGGGGGUAGAAACUGACGAUAGUUGGAGCUUGCGUAUAGUAACAAACUUGAUAUCCAUAUCUUCAUCAGAUAGCUCAUGACUAAUAUUAGUCGAUAACUCC